ACUACGCUUCUUUCCUAGUCAAACGGCUGGCUCGGCGGUAGCUGCUGAGAAGUGCGUUCAUAAAUUAUUCGUAUAUAUCUUUCAAAGCACCUGAUUUUCCUCAGAAUAUGCGCUAUGCAUACAGUCUUUUGCGAACUUGCAUGACCCAUGGUUCACAGCUGCGCACCACACGCCGUUCAUUAUCCACCGUGACCGCCAGUGGUCCCACGACACCAUCGGAACACUUUAUCUUCCAUCCAGACUUCUUCUCAGAACGAGAACAGAAAAUACUUUUGUCCGCAUCUCUGGAAAAACUCGAUGCAGUCGAAAGCAGGGACUUUCGUCGGCGUCGUAAAGAAUACCGCAGCAAGCAUUCUGCACAAGGAGACCUUGUCGCAUUGCGUUUAGAAGAUAUAUUCCUACCUGACGAGUACUACUGCUUUGAAGAAGGUCACUAUGAUGGUGUAAUUCGAAACUACAGGGAGAUGCACGUCUCUUCCUGGCCUGAAGGCUAUCCUGAACUACCUGGAAUUCUCGCACGACUUGAUCCUCUGCACCCGGAUGAGCCUACGCAAAGUCAUAUAAUACAUCUGGCGUCUGAUGGUGAGAUCUUGCCCCACGUUGAUAACACAGAAGCCAGUGGCUCGUGGAUCCUCGGGGUAAGCUUGGGUUCUACGAGACUACUACGACUUGAAAGUGUUGAGGAUGCUUCCGACGUCCAUGACAUCCUGGUGCCUUCGGGUAGCGUCUAUCUACAAAGGGACUCCAUAAGAUACGGAUACAAGCAUUCUAUCCUUAAGGACUAUUCCAAGUUCUCCUACGGUCAGCGACUGAGCAUAAUGCUUAGAGAUUGUCGUUGACGAAUGGAAAUUCACACGCUGUUCCUCUUCGAUAUCGAUGCAAUACGUAUUACCGCUCUACAUACAUUAAUAAUUUACUUAUGCAUAAGUCAUUCAUCAGUUGGUGCAAGUAGUUGUAUGAAGAGGUCCAUGAUAUCCAGGAUACCGUCAUGCACUGCGCAAAGGCGCGAAUACAUGCCAAUCGCAUAGUGAUGUUUGGGG